GAGCACGCGCCACAGCCUGGAGGAGCGCACCUCUGCUCUGAGUCCUCGCACCCACGGGUUCCCGCGGCCGCGCUUCGGGGCCAGCGUGAUCUCAAUUCAAGGCAAAGUUGUGGGAUAUCAUGGCAUCUGCCUGGGUUGGACACGGACAGACGAUUCGAGAUUAUCCAGGCUUUAGCGCAGCAGCGGAUGCUAAAGUUAUUCACCAGGCAAUCGGAGGAGUUGGAACUGAUGAGAAAAAGCUCAUCAACAUUCUGACGGAGAGGUCUCACGCACAGAGGCAGCUGAUCGUGAAAGAGUAUCAGGCGGCGUAUGGAAAGGAGUUGAAGGAUGACUUGAAGGGUGAUCUCUCCGGCAACUUUGAGCACAUCCUGGUGGCCCUGGUGACGCCACCAGCAGUGUUCGAUGCGAAGCAGCUGAAGAAAUGCAUACAGGGACCUGGAACAAAUGAAGAUGUGUUGAUUGAAAUUCUAACCACAAGGACAAGCAGGCAGAUGAAGGAAAUAUCGCAAGCCUACUAUACAGUGUAUAGGAAGAGUCUUGGAGAUGACAUUAGCUCUGAAACAUCUGGGGACUUUCAGAAAGCGCUGUUGACUUUGGCUGAUGGCAGAAGAGAUGAGAGUCUGAAAGUAGAUGAACACCUGGCUAAAAAGGGUGCCCAGAUUCUCUAUGAUGCAGGUGAGAAGAGAUGGGGCACGGAUGAAGAGAAAUUCAUCGAGGUCCUGUGCUUACGGAGCUUUCCUCAACUGAAGCAAACAUUUGAUGAAUAUAGAAACAUCAGCCAGAAGGACAUUGAGGAAAGCAUAAGAGGAGAAUUAUCGGGGCAUUUUAAAGACCUACUGCUGACCAUAGUUCACUGUGCGAGGAACACACCUGCCUAUUUGGCUGCAAGACUGCACCAAGCUUUGAAGGGUGCUGGGACGGAUGAAUAUACUCUGAACAGAAUAAUGGUCUCCAGAUCCAAAAUUGACCUUUUGGACAUUCGAGCAGAGUUCAAAAAGCUUUACGGCUAUUCCCUGUGCUCAGCAAUUGAAUCGGACACGUCUGGGGACUAUGGAAUCACACUCGCGAAAAUCUGCGGGGGAGAUGACUGACCCAAGAAGAUAGUCCCUGCCUCCACACUGGACUUUUGUCCAGCAGCUUCGCUUACUUCUUUCUCAGAGUACUGGAAAGCACCCCACGCCAUGUUCUCCUAACAGCAAUUUACCGUGUCCGAUAACCACAACAGCAAGUAAACUUGUAGAGCACCUCGUUUAUAAUGUAGUCGUUUCUAAGUGAAGUUGUAAAAUACUAUUAAAGUUUUGCUAAUAUUCCCCAACUGAUGUUUCUGCCCAAGAAGUGAGAAUCUUUGUAGGAUUCUAAAACAUGAAAUGUAGUAAAAUACAAUAAAUACAAUAAAGUAGUUUCUCUUGCUAAAGAUCA